AUGUUGCAAAAUGCCACAAGGACGCUGGAAGGUCGGCAGCAGGCAGCCCCAGUGCGGUCAACCUUUAGCUUUAAGCCUGUUCGCAGCCGGCAAACCGCGGCCGCAUCAGACGCAGCGCCAUCAGUGCCACCUGCAGAAACCAGCGGAACGGCGUCAGUGGCGCGUCCCGAGCCCAAGAGCGGAGUGAGCGUCGAAAAUGGCACGCUGCGCAUCCAGGGGCUCUCCGGCAUUGACGUAGUACGUUGCGGCGCCGAACUCCACGGAAUCGGCACCGUGAUGAUGAGAGACUUGGACAUCAGGAUCGGCGUGGCACGCGGGUCGGCUAUUCUGCACUCGCUCUGCGCUUCCACCAUGCUGAUCUGCUGCAGGCAGCUGCGUAUCGCAAACUCGGUCGGGAGCAAGUUCCUGACAGACACGGUGACCAUGCCAAUCAUCGAGCGGUGA